AUGGUAUCAUUUUCAUGCGAAGUCUGUAACGAUACAGUGGUCAAGAAGAAGUUGGGUCAACAUCAGCAGAGAUGCCGUGGAGCCUACUUUACCUGUAUUGACUGUUCAACCACGUUUCAUAACAACGACCACAAUAAACACACCAGUUGUAUAUCAGAGGCUGAAAAAUAUGAAAAGAGUUUGUACAAGGGUAAAAAGAAGCAACCAAAGGAGCAACCAAAGGGGCAAUCAAAGGAGCCACCAAAGCCAAAAGAACCUGCAGGCAAGACAUCACCACUUGCGCUGUUGGUCACUGAAAAGUCAAACUUUUAUAAAGUCCUCAAAAAGGCAUCGAAAGAUGAUAAAAAGAAACUAAAGGAGAUUUUGAAAAACUUGACCGUGUCAAACGUUGAUGGGAGAUUAAUCAUUCAGUAG